GUCCUCUUCCGACGCGUUCAUUGCUCCCAGGUUGUCUCGGUUCGUUAGUCCUUCCCGUUCGACAUGGCGCCUCUCGCGGACUUCAUUCUUAAUCACGUCCCCCUCCCGUCGGUGCCCUACUACAUCACCCAUUAUGUCCGCGGACAGACUCCCCUGUCGACCCAGACGGGGGUGUUCUCUGCUCUGGCACUAUACCUCGUCACGAUCUUCAGUAUACGCGAAUACAUGAAGGACAAGCCUCCUAAGAAGCUCACGGCCUUGUUUCAGCUACACAACUUAAUCUUGAGUAGCGGCAGCGCAUUGCUGCUGGCACUGAUGAUCGAGGAGGUGUUCCCCAUUUGGUGGAAUAACAACCUGUUCCACGCGAUGUGCAGUGUGGAGGCAUGGACACCUAGACUCGAAUUCUACUAUAUUAUCAACUACUAUUUUAAGUAUUUGGAACUCUUUGACACUGUGUUCCUCGCGAUCAAGAAAAAGCCCCUUGCAUUCCUGCACGUCUUCCACCACUCCGCAACCGCCCUUCUGUGCUAUAGCCAACUCAACGGUAAAACUAGUGUAUCAUGGGUUGUCAUCUCGUUGAACCUUGCUGUCCAUGUAUUGAUGUACUACUACUACUUCGCCACUGCUGGGGGGGCUAGAAUCUGGUGGAAGAAAUAUUUGACCACCAUGCAAAUCGUGCAGUUCGUCAUCGACCUCUUCGCCGUCUACUUCGCUACAUAUUCGUACUACGCCGCGAAGUACUUCCCGCACCUGCCGACGAUGGGUAGCUGCACCGGGACGGAAGGCGCAGCCGUGUUUGGUUGCGGGCUGCUUACCAGCUAUCUCGGCCUCUUCAUCAACUUCUACAUCCAAACGUACAAGAAGAGCCCUGGACACAAGAAGAAUGCCGUUGCCAACGGGAAUGGCGUACCAAAUGGGAAGGCCGCCGGGAUUGAACAAAAGGGACAUACCUGAGGUCACGUCUGAACACGCCGUCUAAUUUAUCCUAGCGUCCUGAAGUCCUCGUACAAAUUCCUUUAAUCGAGCAUGCCGACCUCCAGCGGAGACCUUUCUUUUAAUGGGUCCCCCUGGGUAGCUCCAACUCAUUCUUUUGUUUUUCUUGUGCAUAUUUUGUCCGAGCGCAUUGGCUUAGGUGUUACUAGGUAUUUGGAGGCUGUAAUAGACAGACGGCGAAGGGUUAGACAGCUCUGUAUGUCCGCGUGUCUUUAGGCACAAUGAUACCACGUCCGAUAUACUGGGAUUGUGGACGACCUGCAAUCACGUAUCUUUCUCAGAACAUAUCACUGUUCUCUUGUUCUUUAAUGAAUCAAG